CGAACACGCUCGUAGCAACCGCUACGAGCAACUUUGAAACGCGAAAUAAUAAAAACUGAGUGUUAUCGUGUUGUGGAGUGAGUUAUAACUUUGGGGAAUUGAAAAUCGCGAAGAUGUCACUGGUACCGCCCGGAGGAAAUGACUCGCCGAGUCCGCGCCGCGCAGUCAGCCCGCUGCUGGAGUCGCGAAGACCACACUGCACAUUAGCUUGCGAUUAUUGCGCCGCCAUAUUGGAAGAUAAGUUCAAGCGUAAUGCAGAAAUGCGUAAUCGUGGUACAUCACCGCUGUCAGUAUCACCUCGCCAGUCGUUAACGGGUGAACCACCUUGGACCUUACCUGAUGAUGAUCGACCCGACUUCUCUGCGCUCAAGGAAAAUAUACAUAGGAUCAAUAAGGACUGCGAAACAUCGACUCGUCUGGAUAUGCUAUUAACUCAGGUGGAACAAUAUGCAAACAAUCUAGAAGCUCUGGUGGAAGAAAGGACAUCUGAUUAUUUGGAGGAGAAGAGGAAAUGCGAGGAGUUGCUCUAUCAGUUACUACCCAAAUCCGUGGCAUCACAACUAAUAAUGGGCCAGCCGGUGAUGGCGGAGACGUACGACCAAGUGACGAUUUACUUCAGCGAUAUAAUUGGCUUCACUCAGCUGUCCGCCGAAUCUACGCCACUAGAAGUCGUUGACCUACUGAACGAUUUGUAUACUAGCUUCGAUUCUAUCAUCGAAAAUUUCGAUGUGUAUAAGGUGGAGACAAUAGGCGACGCGUACAUGGUGGUGUCAGGACUGCCGAUGCGCAACGGCAACCGGCACGCGGCGGAGGUCGCGCGCAUGUCGCUCGCGCUGCUCAACGCGGCGCGCCUCAAGACCGUGCCGCACCGGCCCGGCGAGCGGCUGCUGCUGCGGAUCGGCAUGCAUACCGGACCAUGCGUAGCUGGUGUUGUUGGUCUAAAGAUGCCCAGAUAUUGUCUAUUCGGAGAUACAGUGAACACUGCAUCAAGAAUGGAAUCUCACGGUGAAGCUCUAAAAAUACAUGUUAGCCCCAAGACCAAAGAAGUACUGGAUUUGUAUGACUGCUUCGAUCUCGCUUGUCGAGGAGAGAUAACUAUGAAGGGUAAAGGUAAAAUGACGACAUAUUGGCUGCUCGGCGAAAAGGGGCAAAACGAGGCGCAAUUCCAACAAACGGUCACCGAAAAUAUUAAUGUUAACCCAAGCAUAACAUUUCAAGGUCCGGACAGUCCAGCCUCACACUCCCUCACACACAGCGAUAGUCCCAAAAGAAACGGAGCCAAAGACACUAAUAAUAUGACCCCAGUUGAAAUAUCUAACGAAAGAGAUCGCAUUAAACACGAAAUAGCCACUUUUGUAGCUAAAGAUCUCAUUAACAAUAUAGACAGCGCUGUAAGAGAAAUUAAAUUAUCUCAAAGCGCGACUUUCAAUACAUUACCUACUAACAAAAUAUGCAACGGUAAUGACAAAGAAAUAAUAACCCCUACAUAUGAUAAAGAACUAGUCAUUAAUAAAGGCAAAGUACGAGACGUCGUUAACAGAUUUAACAGUACAAUUAAUGCGAAUGAAAUUAAAACAAAACCGAAGGCGGACAAGUAGUGAGGCAGUUUCGGUCUAAAUAUUGUUUAUGUUAUAAUUAUAUUGAUGUUGAAUAAAAUAAAGUUUUGAUAUAUCGUAGUGCAAAGCACCUACUCUAGUCAAUAUUAGGCUAAAUCCAGACUUAGUUUAGUUGUGGGUGACCAACCUACUCCGAAUUUUAGUUAAGAAUAUGUAACUAGGUUAUGCUGAGUCUACAAGAUAAUAUAUUUAUUGGUAAGGAAGCCGCGAGCACGGUGGAUCAGAAAGUCGUAGUGAGAUGUGUAAUAUAAGAUUUAGGAAAUACUAUUGUAUUUACUAGACCCCGUAGUAUUUUUACUGACCUUUUAUAUUCCCUUACCUUUGUAAUGUAUUGAAUUUCUAAAUGUCGUAUAAAUAUUGAAAUCUAUAUAUGUCUAUUA